GUAGCUCUUCAGUCACUGUCAGAUUACAGUUUAAUCCGAGGGGGAGGAUACACUGUCAAGAAGCUGCCUGCAUCUUAGAAGGACACUCGGCGUUGAAGCUUGAAAAUAACCGUAACUUCAGGUGCUGCUGUCAUUCGUCGAGAAUAAAGCUUCUCCUCAAAGAAGAUGAAGAGCCGACCUUCUGCUGCUGGCUCUGCGUUUCCAACGUUUUACACAAACGUUAGGAUGUUAGCUGGCUAACUAGCUGAGAAAGAGUAAGGUUAACUAACGUUAAAUCGGAUUAGCUGAUAACGGCAGCUCCCCAUUGGACAGCAACCAGGUAUUACUUUCAGCACCAGUCGCCUCAGUGAUUUUUAAAGUGUUUAUUACAUUUAUGCCCUUUUCCUAAUACUAUGUUGUGCUCUAACUGUAAACGUUGAUUUUUUGCUAGCAUUAAUGUUUCUGCAAGCUAGCGAGGUUAUCCGGUAUUCAAACCUCAGAUAGAGUCGGAGAUCCUUUCCCUGGCAGUAUUAAACAACUUUUUGGAAAUAAACAUUUCCUUCGACAACAACCGUAGAUCAAGACGGAGCUGACCACAGGGUUGAUGUGCUAGCUUGUCUUCGGGCUAGCUGGCAAGAGAACUGCACAAGAUUUUACUCCCGACAUAAGCCUACGGACGCAGCAAAGAUGUCAGGAAAGGAUAAAGACAAAGACAAACAGGAGAAACAGUCCACGACGGAGCGGCUCAUAAAAGCUGUGCCAUACCCUCCGCAACAUAAGCUGACUAUGAAAGAGCUGUAUGAGGAUGGAAAGCCUAACGCUGAGCUGCUUCGCAACCAUCUUGUUAAAGAAGGCAGAGUGGAGGAAGAAGUUGCUUUAAAGAUCAUCAAUGAUGGGGCCAACAUUCUCCGCCAAGAGAAGUGCAUGCUGGAAGUGGAGGCCCCUAUAACAGUAUGUGGGGAUGUCCAUGGCCAAUUCUUUGACCUUAUGAAGUUAUUUGAAGUGGGUGGAUCUCCCAGUAACACACGGUACCUCUUCCUCGGGGACUAUGUAGAUCGAGGAUACUUCAGUAUUGAGUGUGUUCUCUACCUCUGGUCGCUCAAGAUCAAUCAUCCCACCACACUCUUCCUCCUGCGUGGGAAUCAUGAGUGCCGGCACCUCACAGAGUAUUUCACCUUCAAACAGGAAUGUAAAAUCAAAUACUCAGAGCGCGUAUACGACUCAUGUAUGGAGGCGUUUGACUGUCUGCCCCUUGCUGCCCUACUCAACCAACAGUUUUUAUGUGUACACGGCGGACUCUCGCCAGAGAUCAACUGCCUAGACGACAUAAGAAAAUUAGACAGGUUUAAAGAGCCCCCUGCAUUUGGGCCAAUGUGUGACCUGAUUUGGGCCGACCCUGGUGAGGACUAUGGCAGCGAAAAGACAUCUGAACACUUUAACCAUAACUCAGUCAGGGGGUGUUCUUACUUUUUCAGUUACUCAGCAGUUUGUGACUUUUUGGUUAACAACAACCUGCUGUCAGUAAUAAGAGCUCAUGAAGCACAGGAUGCUGGGUACCGGAUGUACAGAAAAAGUCAGACUACAGGCUUUCCUUCAUUAAUCACAAUCUUUUCAGCCCCAAAUUACCUUGAUGUCUACAACAACAAAGCUGCUGUAUUAAAAUAUGAGAACAACGUGAUGAAUAUUCGACAGUUUAACUGCUCCCCACAUCCUUACUGGCUGCCCAACUUUAUGGAUGUCUUCACUUGGUCUUUACCUUUUGUUGGGGAGAAAGUAACAGAGAUGUUGGUGAAUGUACUGAACAUUUGUUCUGAUGAUGAACUCAUGUCAGAGGGAGACGACCUUUAUGAAGGUGGAACCUCAGCGAUGCGCAAGGAGGUCAUCCGGAACAAGAUCCGUGCUGUAGGGAAAAUGGCCAGAGUCUUCUCUGUCCUCAGGGAGGAGAGUGAAAGUGUGUUACAACUCAAAGGCCUGACCCCAACAGGAACUCUUCCUCUGGGUGUGUUGUCAGGAGGAAAGCAAACCUUACAAACUGUACAAACUUUCUUCAACUGAGCGGCUGGAACAGCAGACUCAUGCUGCCUGUGACGUCACAUGCAUACCCUCUACACCCACCCACCAAGUGAGGGUACGGGUGUCUAUGGAAAAACAAACUAUUGUACCAAACCAUACCUAACUGAGCUCCAUCAAACUGGCCCACCUGUGGAAACGCAGCUAUAGAGAGCUGACCAGUACGACAGAACAGUGGACUCAAGGAUCACGUCUCCUAUCACAGGACCUGUCUCAGUUUACCCACUGUCCCAACAAAUUCACAAAUUUGAAUCACAAAUACUCAGUCCAAUACAGUAGGUGAGGAAUACUCAUGUUGUUGGUUUUCAAAUCCACCAAGAAGAAGAAAGAAGAGACAACCAUUGCAGUCACUCAGAUAUUUGUUUAUGCUUCAUGUGGAUUUUCAAGUCCACAUAAAGGCUUCUUUAGAUGUUUUUAUUAUUUUUAAGAUGCCAACGAUGACCCUCCUCCGACUCCCACAUCAACCCUGCAGCUCAGAGGAUGACAUGGGUCCAUAUUGUGUGGAUAUGAUGGCUUUUAAAGAGACAGGUUAAGAAUUGUACACUGUACUCAGGCAUGGUUACAUUAACAUCUCAUCCACAAGUGGGCUCAGGCAUGGUGCCGAAGUAUGGUAUGAUUAUAUUCACACUCAUCAAAUAAACUGGACUUUGUAUCAAGUGUAUCAGGAUCUCAGCCUGGGUCCUUAAUGUGAACCACCUAAAACACCUACAGAUGAGGAUGAAAUUAUUAGCCUCCCUAUGAACACUUCCAUUUUUCCCCAGAAUUUUUAAAAUGCUUUUAACAGAGCAAAGGAUUUUUAACACAGCUUUUCCAAACAUUCUAUUUUUAUUGUAGAUGUUUAUAUUAUUUAGCUUUUUUUCACAAAAACUACUAGGGUCUAAAUUAUAAGCCCCCUGGUGCUAAUAGUCAGUUGUGUCUCCUUUUUGCGGGAUAACAACCUGCAGUUGUUUGUUGUAGUUUUCAUUGAGUCUCUGACAGGUCCCCUGAGGAAUCCCUGCCCAUUCUUCUUGGCCAGUCGCUCAAGUUCCUCCAGAUUUGAUGGUUUUCUGGCACUGUCCUUGCUCUUCAGUUCUCCCUACAGAUUUUUCAGGUGGAUUCAAGUCAGGGCUUUGGACAGACCAGUUGGUAAUGUUCACGUUGGUUUUCUGGAGGUAGUUCUUCACCAGGAGCCACAUAGGUUUUGGUUGUUGGAAGACAACGCAACAACCCAGACCCAGUUUUGCUGCUGACUGCUUGACAUUUUCUUUCAAAAUCUUCUUUCAGAAUGCAAUGGCUCAACAAAAAAUGUCAGUCCUAAAAGGGGCUGAUAAUUUUGUCCCCUCGUAGAUUUAGCUUUUUAUGAAAUAAUUCUGUGUCUGUGUGCAAAGUAAAAUAAUGACAACAUCUAAAAUAAAACUAGAAUGUUUGGAAAAGCUGUGUCAAAAAAUCCUUGCUCUCACAACACUUGGGAAAUACUUGGAAACUAGAAAAGCAGUCGGAGAGCACAGACCUCCGCCAUUAGCCCUGUCUCCCAAUA